CCCCCCGGCUGCCCGCACCGCCGCCCUCCCCCCGGCACCGCCGCCCCUCGCCAUGCUGGCCUCCUGCGGGCCGGCCCUGGGCACCGCGCUGCGGCGGGCAGCGCCUGCCGGCCUCGCCUCCUUCCACUGCUCCGCCCGGCGCCGCCGCGCCGCCCGCGUCGCUGUGGUCCUGUCUGGUUGUGGUGUCUACGAUGGUACAGAAAUCCAUGAGGCCUCAGCGAUACUGGUACACCUUAGUCGUGGGGGAGCUGAGGUUCAGAUGUAUGCUCCAGACGUUCCUCAGAUGCAUGUCAUUGACCACAGUAAAGGGCAACCAGCUGAAGCUGAGUCAAGGAACGUUUUAGUGGAAUCUGCAAGGAUUGCUCGUGGUAAAAUUGCAAGCCUGGCUAAGCUUACGACAGCAGACCAUGAUGCCGUGAUAUUCCCUGGUGGAUUUGGAGCUGCUAAAAACUUGUCUACCUUUGCUGUCGAUGGGAAAGAUUGCAAGGUGAACAGAGAAGUUGAGCGUGUCUUGAAAGACUUUCACAACGCCGGCAAACCCAUUGGUCUUUGCUGCAUUUCACCAGUGUUGGCUGCAAAGGUUCUCUCUGGUGCUGAAGUAACUGUGGGCCAUGAAGAAGAGGAAGGUGGCAAGUGGCCUUAUGCUGGGACUGCGGGAGCCAUUAAGGAACUGGGAGGAAAGCAUUGUGUGAAAGAAGUAACUAUAUCCUUUCCUGUUAAUUUCACGUUGAGAGGCAGUUUAGUCAUGUGUUAUUGCAGUAAUGGAUACAUGCAGGAUCUGUGCUUUUCCACUUCCAAUUUAGCGGGAAUACACAGUGUAGGGCAGAGAGCAUGUAAUACAGUGCAUGGUUAGAAAAUACUGUCGUCUUUACACAGCUGUGUAAUUAGAAGUUGUUCUCAGUCAUUGCCAUAGAACUCCCUUGGACACUCGGUGAUGCAGUAAAUGCUGAGUGAAUUUGUACGUAAAACGGGCACAAGUUACAUUUUGUCAGUUCUCUUUGAGAUUUUUUUUUUUUCUUUUCCUGAAGGCUAAUGCUGUAAUCAGACUGUACUCAGAGACAUUUUAUUACAGUCAGUAAGUUUCUUAGGUUUUCUUGUGUUUGUGAGUGCCAGUGUUCCCAUAGAUCGCUCUUGCAGGGUUUGUAUUUCUGGCAAAAAUAGCUUCUAGUGUCUUGGAUUACAGGUUGCAGCUGUCUCUACAGCUGGGCGUUACAAUAUAUUUGGACGUGCUUUUUUAUAGGAUAGAGGAGUUGUGAGGUUUUGUCAAAGAUGGUUUAUUUUGCAGACAGCAUCUGUAACUGAGAUGUAGGCUGUGUUUUCCUUAACUCCCUUUUACGAAGCUCAUGUGGAUACAAAAAACAAGGUGGUGACUACCCCAGCGUUUAUGUGUGAGACAGAAUUGCAUAAUAUCUUCGAUGGCAUUGGGGCCAUGGUAAAGAAUGUGCUAAAACUAACUGGCAAAUAAAAAAGAACUUCAGAAAUGUUCAAAUUUAGGGUGUAGUGUCAAAUAUGAUCUGGGCCAUUGGAAACGUUUUCACCUACUGUCCUGUUCACGCUCUAGUGAAUGCUGAUACCAAGCUGACUGAUUCCCAGCUGCAGGGUUUUCCACGCCCUUUCUGAGAGAGAGCCUGCAGGAGGGCUUAGGGAGUACAAGCAGUCUGCCCUGAGACACAGAGCAUUUUCUUGAGCUUUUUCAGCUGGAAAGCGCUGUGCAGACAUAUUUUGAAAUCAGUCCUCCCACUGCAGCAGUGUCAAAUCAUUUUGGGGGCGGGGGGGGAAGAGACUAAAGGCCCUUCCAGUAGCUGAGGGCAAACAUGUUGCAGGGGCGUAGCAGAGGCAGUGGCACUUUAUCUAGCAGAAAAAGAAUGGGAGUAGAGAGGAAUUAGUUCAAGGUUUAUGUGCUCAGGCCUGUAUCUUGUGAACUAAAAGCCAGGAUCAGCUGUCAAGGGAAUAGACAUCUUCCACAUCUUAAUUUUAGGUUGGUAUUACUUAAAAGAUUAAUGCUUUGGUUUUCCAUUUCAAAUAAUCCUGUUUUCACAAAGGAGCCAUUCUGAAUAUCAAUCAGCAGCAGGAUACAUCCUAACUGUCACAACACUAGCACUUUGAAAAAUUAAUCCAUUGGCCCAUUAUAGCUAGAAAGGUCUUGAAAUGAAGGAGAAAAUAUCUGCUGAUGCGACGCACAAUUUUUAAGGAUAUCCACAUUAUAGUAGUUGCUUGACUAGCAGUGGAUGGAGAAAACAAUCUCAAGUUAUCCUUGCUUUCCCUGCUUUAGGGUAAUAAAGCUUUCUCCAAAGAAAUACUGAAUGUCUGGAAUAAUGAUGUAUAAAUAAAAUAAUUUCUGCCUUUA